AGUUGAGCAUGGUGUGAGUUUAUACUUGAAUGUCUGAGGCGCUUAUAAAGUUAUUAUUCGCUGUUAAAUUAUUUGAAUUACUGACACAAGAAGCUCAUAACUCUAGAGACUGAAGCAGGCCAGGCAUGAGCCGUGCACACCUGGACAAGUGGCAGAGAAGGUCCUUUGACAUUUCGUCUGGCACGUGUACACCUGAACAGACGGCUGACGCUUAUCGGGCGCACAUUCUGUCCAUUCAGUAUGCAUGGGCGAAUGCCGAGCUCUCUCCGGCUGGAGCUGCCAGCCUAUUCAGGACCUACACUGAGCGCUACGCUGCAGUGCUGGACUCAGACGACCAGCGCACAGGACUGAAUAACUACGCCGACAGUGCCCUGCACCUGGCCCGCAAUCAGAAAAACCACAGCGACAAAUGGGAGUCAUCAUUAACAGUUGAAAAUGUGUUCAGCCUGCCGUGCGUGCAGAAGAUGAUGCAGAGUACGGUGGACGACGACAGUGUCUCUGUGGAUCCAGCAGAUGCUGACAUUAUUGUUGGUGGGGAAGUCAGUCGGAGUUGUGGCAAAGGUCUGAUUGAGUCUCGUGCUGCUGGUGGUUGUAAACCUGAGCAUCCUUCACCCUGGCCUACGCCCCAUAUCAGUGGUGUGGGAGAGAGAACAGCAAGUAACUUGACCAGUGGUGCUGUAGAAAGGACCAGAAGCAAAGAAACUGGUCUUCCUUCAGCCUAUAAUGCUCCUAGAGCCCCAACAGGGGUAACUCCACUCUUGGUUCAUAACACUUGUAAUUCCCCUAACAACUCUGGCUCUUUUCCUCAUUCGAGUUUUGCUAGUACCAGUGUGUCCAGUGCAAACAAUUACCAUUCUGUGUUCUACUCUUCCACAAAUCCCUCUAAGAGGAAGAACAUGUACAGUUCAGGAACUGAAAGCAACAGAAGCACAUUCCUAUCACAGGGAGGUCAUGAAGGUGGAGGUAGUGGUCAGAGAAGAGAAGAGUUUAAUGGCACUAACUUUAAAACAGCACGAGAGCAGCUUCUUGUCGACCAGCAGAAAAAAUAUUCCCAUCAGGGCCAGCGGGGUCCAUCAGCUCCUGUUGGUACAAUAACCAAAAAAUCUCUAGGGGCAAACAGGUCCCGGGGGACCAACUCCAAAUUUGUCUCACCAGUGCCAAAGCAGGAGGAAGAAAGCAACACCAGGGAUGACCCAACACAAGAUGCUCAGCCUGUUGAUGAACGGCUAAAGAACUUCGAGCCUAAAAUUAUUGAACUGAUUAUGAGUGAAAUUAUGGACCAUGGCCCACCUGUGGUUUGGGAGGAUAUUGCUGGCCUUGAGUUUGCCAAAGCUACAAUUAAGGAAAUUGUUGUUUGGCCCAUGCUCAGGCCUGAUAUUUUCACUGGUCUCAGAGGUCCACCUAAGGGCAUUCUUUUGUUUGGUCCUCCAGGUACUGGGAAAACGCUCAUAGGGAAGUGCAUAGCCUGUCAGUCUGGUGCCACGUUUUUCAGCAUUAGCGCAUCAUCACUCACCUCUAAGUGGGUGGGAGAAGGGGAAAAAAUGGUUAGAGCUCUGUUUGCCAUUGCCCGGUGCCAUCAGCCAGCGGUCAUUUUUAUCGAUGAGAUUGACUCCCUGCUUUCUCAGCGCACCGAUGGAGAACAUGACUCAUCUCGCCGGAUUAAGACCGAGUUUCUUGUCCAGCUUGACGGUGCUGCAACCUCCUCUGAGGAUCGAAUAUUGGUGGUGGGGGCCACCAAUCGGCCGCAAGAGAUUGAUGAAGCGGCUCGGCGUCGCCUGGCCAAGCGACUCUACAUCCCCCUUCCAGAGGCUACAGCUCGUCAGCAGAUAGUGACCAACCUAAUGUCACAGGAGAAGAGCCAGCUGGGAACUGAUGAGCUUGAGAAAGUGGUGUCAAGCACAGAAGGUUUCUCAGGGGCUGAUAUGACACAACUGUGCCGUGAAGCAGCACUCGGUCCAAUCCGCAGCAUCCGGCUGAGUGACAUUGCCACCAUCGCACCCGAGCAGGUGCGACCUAUACUUUACUGUGACUUUCAGGAGGCUCUUAAGACUGUACGGCCCAGUGUGUCUACCAAAGAUCUGGAGCUCUAUGAAGAAUGGAACAAGACUUUUGGUUGUGGGAGAUAAUCAUUAAGUCUUAAUUUGUGGUGUGUUUCAUCAUUGUUCGGUAUUUCUGUGUGUAAAAUUGAAUGGUAACAAACUUGAAACGUGUGUUUUGCUUUAAUAUUGUAAGUUCAACAGGUGACUGAAACCAGUGUUGACUUUCUUUGUUUGGAAAUGUUUUAAUUUUGAAAGCCUCUUGAUACAUUUUCUAUAAGUUCAGUUGUUACCCAGUACAAUUUUCUACACUGGGGUCUGGAUUUUGGAAAAUGUUGGAAAAUGAAUAAAUAAAUGGAUCCUUUUUUUUGGGGUCCCCCCCCCCCCCCAAGUUUUUUUUCCAAUAUUAAUAUUAACUCACUCAUAAGUUGUCCUUUUUCAACAUGUAUCCCUUUCCAUCUUAAAGCUUCUUAUCCCUCUGCAAGUAAUCUUUAAGUCCGUGGGAUUAUGGUCA